AUGUCGAAGCAAAUUGAGGUUGACGUUCUCGUCAUUGGUGCUGGCCCGACUGGUCUCGGUGCCGCAAAGCGUCUGAACCAGCUCAACGAUCAGUCAUGGAUGAUUGUCGACUCCAAUCCUGUUCCCGGUGGUCUUGCCUCGACCGACAUCACCAAAGAGGGCUUCCUCUACGAUGUUGGCGGCCACGUUAUCUUCUCGCACUACAAGUACUUCGACGACUGCAUCAACGAGGCUCUCCCCCACGAGACCGACUGGUACACCCACCAGAGAAUCUCCUACGUUCGCUGCAAGGAGCAGUGGGUCCCCUACCCCUUCCAAAACAACAUCUCCAUGCUUCCCAAGGAGGAGCAGGUUAAGUGUAUUGACGGCAUGAUUGACGCCGCCAUGGAGGCUAGAGUUGCCAACACAAAGCCCAAGGACUUCGACGAGUGGAUCGUCAGAAUGAUGGGUGAGGGCAUCGCCGACUUGUUCAUGCGUCCCUACAACUUCAAGGUCUGGGCUGUCCCGACCACCAAGAUGCAGUGCCAGUGGCUCGGUGAGCGUGUCGCUGCCCCCGACCUCAAGACUGUCACCAAGAACGUCAUCUUGAACAAAACCGCCGGCAAUUGGGGACCCAACGCCACUUUCCGUUUCCCUGCUGAAGGUGGCACUGGCGGCAUCUGGAUUGCCGUCGACAACACCAUUCCUAAGAGCAAGAAGAUGUAUGGUCCCGAUGCCACCGUUACCAAGGUUGACGCCGAUGCCCACACUGUCUCCCUCAAGGAUGGCACCACCAUCAAGUACGGCAAGCUUAUUUCGACCAUGUCCGUCGACUUCCUUACCGAGGCUAUGGGCAACCACGACCUUCACCAGCUUUCCAAGGGCUUGUUCUACAGCAGUACCCACGUCAUUGGUGUCGGUAUUCGUGGUCACCGCCCCGAGCGCAUUGGCGACAAGUGCUGGCUCUACUUCCCCGAGUCGGACUGCCCCUUCUACCGCGCAACCAUCUUCUCCAACUACUCUCCUCACAACCAGCCUGUUGCUACCAAGAAACUCGCAACUAUGCAGCUUGCUGAUGGCUCCAAGCCUGAGAGCGACGGCCUCAACGAGGGCCCUUACUGGAGCAUCAUGCUCGAGGUUUCAGAGUCCAGCAUGAAGCCUGUCGACUCAGAGAACCUCCUCAAGGACUGUAUCCAGGGUCUCGUUAACACCGAGAUGCUCCAGCCCAAGGACGAGAUCGUUUCCACCUACCACCGCAAGUUCGACCACGGUUACCCCACUCCUUCUCUUGAGCGCGAGGGUGUUCUCAAGGAGCUUCUCCCUAAGCUCAAGGACAUGGAUAUCUACUCUCGCGGCCGUUUCGGCGCUUGGCGCUACGAGGUUGGCAACCAAGACCACUCUUUCAUGCAGGGUGUCGAGGCUGUAGACGCUAUCGUCAACGGCUCUGUUGAGCUCUCUCUCUUCUACCCCGACUUCGUCAAUUCCCGCCAGAAUGACGAGCGUAGACUGGUCGACGGCGCCCAGUACUUCAAGUCAAUGAAGGGCAUUCGCGAUGAUAGCAAACCCCUUAAGGCAUAA